AGGGUUCCACACUUGCUUACUGCUUUAACUACUGUAGUCCCAUUAGCUGAAGACAAGGUGGUUACUCUAGUAUAGUGACCAUGUCUGUCGCAGCACACCCGCCCGUUCCUCCGCCGCCAGGAGACGAAGAACUGGCUGCUCUCUACAAUCAAGUCCUCAUCGGCUUUGCAGAAGAGUCACCAACAUCAGACCAGGGUUCGCAAAGGCUGCCGUCACCCGGUGAACGCGACCAUGAAACGGCUCGUAACCGCUUCACAGAUGAAGGUGGCGAUACACCUCAAUCAACACCUCUUCCACAACCACCACGAUCCUCAAAUCCCAUCUCUCCCAAGGUCGGUCUUCCUUCAUCCCCUCGAUCUCUGCCAAACCCCACAUCACCAACUGCGAGAGCCAAACGACCGCUGCCUCAAGUUCCUCCUCCACCACCGUUGCCUGGGACGAGUGCAGCUAUGACGUCUCCGUCCGCCUUUCCAGAGCCCCGUAUAUGGAAUGCGUCACCCGUGCCUCCCCCUCCUGAUAGAUCUAAGUACAAAAGUGGAGACUCUGGUCGCAGACUGCCUCAAACGCCAAUUGAUGCUGCGGCUGCUAAUGGUCACGCUCGCUAUGGCUCUUACAAUGCUAUACCAAUUGAUCCACGACCCAACUCGCGACAAAGCCCAAGCAUAAAUCGACCUGGUACCGGAUCAAGCUUUGCAGCGUCCGAGGCACCGUCUAUUUCCAUGCCUGUACCAGACGUGAAUGGCGGAAGCUCAUGGACAUCUCCCCGAAAUGAUUACUACUUCAAUGCAACGCCGGCUCAUCCUCAGCAUCAGCCUCACAACAUGCCGGCAUACCAGAAUGGCUUUGACGAGACCGGCUCUCGUUCACCAGACUCUCUCGAGGAUAUGUAUGCUAGUCCAGCUGCAUAUUCGAACCCCAUGUCGGAUUUGUUGCAGCCUGGUCGGAGUUACACACCUUCACAAUACGGCGCUCCUUCCAUUUAUGCACCCGACCUUGGCCGCUCUCAUUCUGCAGGUUCCGGUGCAUCGUCUGCACAACCGUAUGUCUCUGUUCAUCGCAACCCGUCUGCAGCGACCACACGUACCACGAACACGAACAUCUCAUCUCUAUUCACGGAGAACGACACGCUGAAUCCUCGUUCGGGGGCUUCGUACACAACACUUGACCGAGGUAACUCCGCUGGAUCCGGCUCAGACGGCAUGUAUUCGCAGCUGUUAUACAAACCGACUCCACCGCAGCAAGUAUACUCAAUUCCAGAACCGGUUUUUGACGCAGGCCCGUCGCAAGUGGCCGGCUCUAGUCGUGAGCGUUGGCGGGACAACGACAUCAUUCGUACUCUGGAGGACAUCAAGCGGCCACUGGAGUUACAUGAAGAUUAUGAUGAGGACUACUUCCCCGAAGACGAUCAGAGCGAGGAAGGCGACGAUCGCUUCUUCAACCCUGCAUUGCUAAGUCAUAUCGCUGUUAGGCUGAAGGACAAGGUGCCUCGAGGAACACAUGUGAAGGGUGGUAUUCCAUAUCCGCGUGCAUUCACUGGCAGAGACAUUGUCUCCACAAUCCAGUCCGUUAUUCAACGAGAACUACUUAUUACUCAUGGCAUCUCGACAAACGACCGACGCGCGGCGCUGCAAGUCGCACGAAGCUUGCAAUCGCAGCUGUUCUUUUACGAAGUCGAAUGGGGAGGGCGCGUGCUUCAGGAUGGUGUCGAAGACGUGUACAUGUUCCUGGACGACUUGGAAGGCGCGUCAGAUGCAAGGAUUGAACAAGAGGAGCUCCCGACUGGUGUUGUCACCAUGCUCACAAGGUGUUACUCCUCCUCAUGUGACGACGAGACGCCUUGUUACUCUUAUGCCUGUCCUCGAAGACGGGGUGCACAGCCUCAGUUAGCUGCACCAGUUGAAGAGAGCACAGAUCAAGAAACGGAUGCAUGGAACGCAACUGUCCCCCCAGAACUUCUCAACACUUUACCAGAGAGCGAAAUCAAUCGCCAGAACAUUAUUUACAAAGUCAUCAGCAAAGAAAAACAAUACCUCAAAGAUCUAGAUACCAUAGAAUCGCUAUUUAUUCGUCCUCUGCGUACCGCUAACCCUCCCAUAAUCCGUGCAGGUGAAGUCGAUGACUUCAUCGAAGACGUCUUCGGCAAUGUCCUCGACUUGCGUGAAUGCAAUCGACGAUUGUUGGAAAUGCUGAACAUCCGACAACGUGAACAAGCCCCAGUCAUCCGUGAUAUCGGUGAUAUCUUCUUGGAAUCGGCAACCGAAUUCCGGCUGGCAUAUCCCAUCUACAUUGGACACCUUCCCGUCGCAGAGAAACGGAUGAAGGAUGAAUUGGAACAUAACGCUGAGUUCCGGCAAUUUUUGGACCAAUGCGCUCGUCACCCCGACGCACAUCGUCUGGAUUUGAAGCAUUUCUUGAACCGACCUUCCGAACAUCUCCAGAAAUACCCGGUCACGCUCGAGGCUAUCUGCAAUGAGACGACUGAUGGCAAUCCUGACGCAGAGUUCUUGAAGGAGGCUAUUGAAGCCAUCAAGAAGUUGCAGACGAUUGCUCAGCUGUGGACCUUCCAAUCUAGUAUGGGUAAGGGCCCUGCAGGGAAGUUGGAAUGGCACAACCUUGUAUCUGAGGAAAUACGCAAGGCUCUUCCAAAGAAAGAAGCGAAGCGUCAGAACAUCAUCUUCGAGCUCAUCAAGGGAGAAAUGGACUAUGUCAAAGACCUUGAAAAUAUCGAGACGAUGUAUGUCGCGCCUCUCCGUGAGAUGGACCCUCCGAUUAUUUCUCGAGACCGAUUACCUCAGUUCAUCACUGACGUGUUCCACAAUUUUGCUGAGCUGCAUGCACACCACCGCAAGAUGCUCAAUACGUUCCAUGAGAUCCAGCGUGAAGAACAUCCGGUCAUCAAAAGUGUCACUGCCGCCGUCUAUGACGCCGUCCUCAAUUUCCGUGAAGCUUACAUGGAGUAUAUUCCCAACUACCCCAUUGCUGCUUAUCGCAUUGAUGAGGAGAUGGCGAAUAAUCCGCAAUUCAAGGACUUCGUGGAUAAAUGUACUCGGCAUCCUGACGCACAUAGACUGGACAUGAAGAACUUCAUCAAUCGACCCAUCCCUCGUCUCCUUCGUUACGAGCUUCUUCUUAAGAGUAUCUUGGAUGAGUCGCCAGAAGGUCAUGAAGACAGAAAUACUAUACCUCUCGUGCUCGAAGCCAUCAAAGCAUUGGGUAAGGAGACAGAGCCAGGUGUCGUCUCAGCCAAACAGAAGGUCGAAGUUUGGCGAUACAACUCGAAUCUCGUCUUCAAGUCCGGCGAAUUCAUUGACAUGGACCUCUUGAAUGAGAAUCGGUCGUUGAUACAUGCAGGCAGGCUCUUGCGCCAGCCUGAUACAGGAUUCGAAUUCGGCGGUUGGACCGAGCUAUUCGUGCUCCUCUUUGAUAACUAUUUGGUGAUGACGAAACCCAAAGAGAAGGACGGCGUCACCAAGUACAAUGUCUAUCGCAGGCCGAUCCCUCUUGACUUGCUGACACUGGCCAAUUUCACCGACCAACCUACUCAGCGUAGUUCCAGUAUUCUGCGAACAAGGCUUCGUGGCGAGAAGCAUGAAGUAUCCAACUCCAACGGGGGCCCCGCAAAUAGUCCGGAUGCCGCCACCGAUUCUCGUCUUGUAUUCCCAUGCACGAUUCAUCACAAUGGCCGCCUAGGGGGCUUGUACACCGUAUUUGCCGAAUCUCUACAAGCUCGUAAUGAGUGGAAACAGAAGUUGGAUGAAGCUAUUGGACUUCGAAAGGUCGUGCAGGAAUCUAACAAGGUCUUCGAGGUCGAAACUCUCAGUGCAGAUACCUUCUUGGCGCCAUCGCCUAUGUCCAACGCUGGUGGACAAUCAUGGAAUCACGAAGGUGCCUAUACCGGGAAAGUCACUUGUUCAGUUCCGUUCACUACUGCAGACGGCCGUGGAUUAGUCGCUAUCGGAUGCGCGGAGGGUGUCUGGAUUGGAUUCCGACAUGAUUCUAGAUCGAUGCGACGCGUACUUCACUUGAAGAUGGUAACGCAAUGUGCCAUGCUGGAAGAGUUCGGCAUCUUCUUGGUUCUUGCAGACAAGUCGCUUUUCGCAUAUCAUAUCGAGGCGCUGGUGCCAUCUUCUCCGCAGAGCGCACAUACGUCUCAAACACCCCAGAAGCUGAGUGGGAGCAAGGAUGUGCACUUUUUCAGUGUCGGCAACUUGAACAACCGUACUCUGGUUAUCUACAUGAAGAAGAAAGGCUUGGACAGCGUCUUCCGUGUUCUCGAACCGGUUCUCGGCAAAAUCAACGAACGCGCGGAGGCUCCUCGAACUUUCGGCUCUCGUCUAGGAUUGCGAUCGCAGCGAUCAGAUUGGUUUAGGGUUUACAGGGACUUCUUCCUUCCAUCCGAAUCCUUUGAUUUGAUAUUCCUGAAAGCCAAGAUCGUGAUUCUCUGCACGAAGGGCUUCGAGAUCAUGGAUCUUGUAGACUUCAAGAGUGUAACUAUUCCUCAACGCGAAGACCCUCGUCUGGAAAAGUUGGCCAAGAGAUGUGAAUCAUGCAAACCGAGGGGUAUGUUCCGAUCGAGCAAGGAUGAAUUUUUGCUAUGUUAUGAUGAGUUCGGUCUUUACGUCGACCGACAUGGUGAUCCGAGCCGCUCAAUCCAGACGAUUGAAUGGGAGGGCACGGCAGAACACGUUGCAUGGCAUCCUCCCUAUGUUCUCUUAUUUGACACUCGUUUCAUCGAAAUUCGACAUGUCGAAACGGGACGACUCGCACAGAUCAUUCCAGGGAACGAUAUGCGUUGCAUUUGGGAUGGCCGUGGCACGACAUCACUUCCACCUGCUAGUCCUGGACCAGAUGGAUGGAACGAAACGAUCUCUCAGGAGCCUCGCGUUCAUGGUGUCAUGAACGCCCCAGACUCUAAUCCGCAAUCUGGACAAUCUCGAGCAGUAGCAGCAAGGCCGGUUGUGCAGCAUGUCUUCGAGCUCAUUCCGACUAUACCACUGUAUCUGCCGGGCUCAUUAUCAUCACCUUCGCAUUCAACGUAUUUCCACCAGUCAAAUUCCCCACCGCACUCACCACAGCUUAAUCCGUCGUUGGCUUGGAGAUGAUGUAUACAUGGAAUACUUAUUUACUUGCAUUGUAUCAAUAUAAUGUUUGUCAUGUGUUUUCUAAUCACAACCAUUUAUUCUAGACUUGGAUCACUAUAUCGGUGCGAAGUGUCUGAAUGGAUUGGCUACUUUUUCUG